GCACAACAGCUUGCCAAGUGAAAGAAGCUAUGUGAAAGGCUUUGUAGGAAGGCAUGCUACUAGGAGCAGUGUUGUCUGUCUCCUGUAGUGUUUUCACUAAGUAAGAUCUUGCAGCACCGCAGCUUGUGUUACCGAAUUGUGUGUGUGUAUGUGCAAGUGUGGCGUCAGAGGAUCUUAUUAAUAUUUAUUCACUUGCCAACGCAGUGGUAAUUGCUGGCUGGAUUUUUAUUUAUUUUAAUACAAUCAUGAGAAUUUUCGGUAUUCUUCUGAAAAAUAUAACCCCAAAGCAGAUAGAGUAUUAUUCCAGAUUUUCACCUUCUCCUCUAUCAAUCAAGCAGUUUUUGGAUUUUGGUAGAGAUAAUGCAUGUGAGAAAACAUCAUUUAUGUUUUUACGGAAAGAGCUACCAGUUCGUCUGGCUAACACACUACGUGAAGUCAACUUACUACCAGACAACUUGCUAAGCCGCCCCUCAGUUGGUCUUGUACAAAACUGGUACAUACAGAGUUUUUUAGAACUUAUGGAAUAUGAAAGCAAAAGCCCCGAAGAGUCAGGUGUUUUACAAAACUUUCUAGAAAUUCUAAUAAAAAUCAGAAACAGACACAAUGAUGUUGUUCCUACCAUGGCACAAGGAGUGAUUGAGUACAAAGAGAAGUAUGGCUUUGACCCUUUUAUCAGCACCAACAUCCAGUACUUUCUUGAUCGCUUUUACACAAAUCGCAUCUCGUUUCGUAUGCUCAUCAACCAACAUACUCUUCUAUUUGGAAAUGACACAAAUCCUGCCCAUCCUAAGCACAUUGGGAGUAUUGACCCUAACUGCAAUGUAGCCAACGUGGUUAAAGAUGCAUAUGAAACAGCAAAGAUGCUGUGUGAGCAGUACUAUAUGGGAGCUCCAGAGCUAGAGAUUGAGGAAUUCAAUUCUAAAGCUCCAGACAAAGCUAUCCAGGUAGUCUAUGUACCCUCCCACCUUUUCCACAUGCUGUUUGAACUGUUCAAGAACUCAAUGAGAGCCACAGUGGAACUGCAUGAUGAAGAAAGAGCUUACCCACCUAUUAAAGCACUAGUCACAUUGGGGAAAGAAGAUUUGUCAAUCAAGAUAAGUGACCAUGGUGGUGGUGUUCCCUUACGAAAAAUAGACCGCCUGUUCAACUAUAUGUAUUCCACUGCACCAAGUCCUAGUUUGGAACCAUCAAGGGCUGCUCCUUUGGCUGGGUUUGGAUAUGGUCUGCCUAUCUCUCGUCUCUAUGCCAGGUAUUUUCAGGGAGAUCUCAAGCUCUACUCAAUGGAAGGAGUAGGAACCGAUGCUGUCAUCUACUUGAAGGCUUUGUCUAGUGAAUCCUUUGAAAGGCUUCCAGUUUUUAACAAAUCAGCCUGGCGACACUACCAAACUACCCCGGAAGCUGAUGAUUGGAGCAAUCCCAGCAGUGAACCCAGAGAUGCUUCCAGUUAUAAAGCAAAACGGUAGAAAGCAGAUCCAGUCAGAGUCAAGAGUAUUACUUGUUUUCUAGAUCCAGGAUCAUACAACCCACUUGGCCAGUCAGCUUGUGUGCUUAUUAGUUGCUGAUGCUUUCUUACAGAGACACAGUAGUUGAUGGAAGUGCAAACAGCAUACAAGAGACCAAGACCUGGAAAUGUAGGGCAAGGACACUUCUUUGUCUCUUUCUGUCAUUGUCUUUCAUUAUAUGUCGCCCAGCAUUUUCUUACCAAACAGUCCUGAUAAGGUGGAUAAGUUAAAAUAAGGAUUGCACUAUGAAUGCACUAAAAGUAGAAGAGCUUACCCAAAAGUACUUUGUAUUUAAGAUAUAUUUGUAAAGAAUGUUUUAAUGUUUUUAAUUUGUAAAUUAUAUAUGAGAGAAAGUAAAAUGGAAAGAAUCAUUUGGUGCAAAUAUUUUUUUUAAACUAGGUCUGACAUUAAUUUAACUUGGCAUUAUAUAUGGCAUGUACAGAUAGUGGAAGUAUCAUGAAUAAUUCUGAAAAAUGGUCACUUUUAAGGCCAAGUUCUCUCCAUAAGGGGGAGGACUAGUGCUGGCUGGGUAUGUAGUGAUUUUAUUACCACAUUUUGAGUGAGUAAAUUGCAUUUGUACUACAGGCUGUCAUUUGCUUAUGGACCUAGAAGCAGGAUGACAAGACUGGCUUAGAGCUCCAUUUUCUGAGCCUCUGAAGCUUAAAGCUAUUGCCAUAGUCCAUUUAUUUUGAAUGCUUAAAAAUGGGUGCAACAAACAGAAGGUAUCAUGAUAAAAGCAUGAUCUGAUGCCAGCAAAUUAAAGAAUCAAGCUAAAGGUUAUUGCUAAGGAGACUUGAGAGCCUACUGUUGUGGAUGACAGGGACAUUAAAUGAUAAGGUCUGAAAAUACCUUUUUUCAGAGGGUGCCUUCUGAGCCUUGAAUGGGCUAUCUAUUUAAAGAAUCUGUGUGUGGGGGGAUGUAUGUUUGUGUGUAUGGGUAGAGGGGGGGGGGUUCUGAUAUUUAAUAGAAGUCAGUUUUAGACCUCUAAUUCACUAUAGAGAGAUGGCUCACUGCCAGCCUGAAUUUUUUUUUCAGUCAGUUAUAUAAGUAGGGGUUAACAGAAAAAAAAACACUCAGCAUGUGCGCACUCGCACAUACACA